UUUCUUCACUCCCUGGACACACAAACAAGGUAUUCUGCGUAGGAAUUUCACCUGAUGUGUUUUUCUACCUGACAUUGGGAAAUGUUCUCAAGACAACAUAUCAAAAUUCUUUUAAUUGGAAAUGCGGGAGUGGGAAAGUCGGCGCUGAUGAACCAGUAUGUCAACAGUCGUUUCACCAACUACUACAGAGCCACCAUAGGGGCAGACUUCUUCACCAAGGAGCUACGAUUAGAUGACAGAAUGGUGACGGCACAGAUUUGGGAUACAGCCGGCACAGAACGCUUUCAGUCUCUGGGCGCAGCACUUUACAGGGGCACAGACUGUUGUUUGCUGGUCUUUGAUGUGACGUCUCCUAAUUCCUUCCACGCUCUUGACACCUGGCAUAAAGAAUUCCUGGUACAAGCUGAUCCUUCAUCUCCAGACAAAUUUCCCUUUGUGGUGAUUGCCAACAAGGCAGAUCUCGAGGAACGUCAGGUUACUCCUCGUCAGGCACAGGAGUGGUGCAAGUCGUGUAAUGCAGAAUACUUUGAAACCAGUGCAAAGGAAGCAAUGAACGUAGAGGAAGCAUUUUUGGAAGCCAUCAGACUAGCCAUCAAGCAUCAUGACGUUCCGAUCCAAAAGGCCAACGGAGAAUCUGUGACUUUGUUAGAAAAGGAAGAAAAUCCACGCAAAAAUAAAUGUGACUGUUAA